AUAAAUCUUACGUUUUAUGCUUCCACGAGUGCUUCAAUCGUAUGAACGAGAUCCCAAGUGUGUUCUGACGACUUAUAGUGUCGUAAAUUGUUCACCUUUUUUGUCCGUGUCACAAGCAAGUUUGAAAUAGUCGCAGUAGCCUACGUGCAGUGUUUAAUGUAGCGCCUGUGAACCGCCGUCUCCUCACCAAGAUGGUGUCCAACCGACUCCACCUUAUCUCAAGGCAAAGAAUGUGGUAGGCGGGGGCUGUGGCGCAAGUGGCAAACUUUGGGAAUGAUGGUAGAGGCAGCCGCUGCACUGGAUCGCAACUGAGGGAACCACCGUUGCUGGACGGCCUGGAAUUACAUUUCCAUUUUAUUUCCAGAAAACCGCAGAAGCCAUAGUCUUUGGGUCCGACAGUGUCUGCGCGACAGCACGGCCUCCAGCUAAUUUUAAGCCAUGUCAGAGGACCUGAGCUCCCAACCCUGGUCCAUCAACAAGGAUGAUUACGAGCUACUGGAGGUGAUUGGGAGUGGGGCCACGGCUGUGGUCCAGGCUGCCUACUGUGAGCCCAGGAAGGAGAAGGUGGCUAUCAAGCGCAUCAACCUGGAGAAAUGCCAGACCAGCAUGGACGAACUCCUGAAGGAGAUCCAGGCCAUGAGCCAAUGUCACCACCCCAACAUCGUGUCCUACUACACCUCCUUCGUGGUCAAGGACGAACUCUGGCUGGUCAUGAGACUACUCAGUGGCGGCUCGGUGCUGGACGUGAUCAAGCACAUUAUCUCUCGGGGUGAGCACAAGACCGGGGUCCUGGACGAGGCCAGUAUCGCCACACUGCUCACGGGGGUGCUGCAGGGCCUGGAGUACCUACACAGAAACGGACAGAUCCACAGGGAUCUAAAGGCGGGAAACAUCCUUCUUGGCGAGGAUGGCUCAGUGCAGAUUGCAGAUUUUGGUGUUAGUGCCUUCUUGGCUACAGGUGGUGACAUCACCAGGAAUAAAGUGCGCAAGACCUUUGUGGGGACACCAUGUUGGAUGGCCCCCGAGGUCAUGGAACAGGUAAAGGGCUACGACUUCAAAGCAGACAUUUGGAGCUUCGGAAUCACGGCCAUCGAGCUGGCAACAGGAGCCGCCCCCUAUCACAAGUACCCCCCUAUGAAGGUGCUGAUGCUGACUCUGCAGAACGACCCCCCAGGGCUGGAGACGGGCAUCCAGGACAAGGAGAUGGUCAAGAAGUACGGCAAAUCCUUCAGGAAGAUGAUCUCCCUCUGCCUGCAGAAGGACCCAGAAAAGAGACCAACGUCAUCAGAACUCCUAAAGCAUAAAUUCUUCACGAAAGCCAAGAACGACGAAUAUUUAAAAGAGAGACUGCUGCAGAGAGCGCCCACAAUAACAGAGAGAUCGAAAAAGGUGAGACGAGUGCCGGGUUCGAGUGGCCGGCUCCACAAGACAGAGGACGGCGAGUGGGAGUGGAGUGACGACGAGCUGGACGAGGAGAGCGAAGAGGGCAAAGCUGCUGUGGCCGCACUGCGGUCACCAAGAGUAAAGGACGGAUCUCAAAAUUCAGAGAUUUUCCAGACGACAGACCCCUCGAGCGGUCAACUUGCGCCCCCGGGCCAAGCAGAACUACCUCAGGCUGCCCCGGCACUGGCCGGCCAAGCCAACGCCCAACCCGCUGCCCCGGCCGCUGCUCCAGCCCCGGCCCUCGCCGCCACGCAAGGCCCCCCUCCUGCUGCUGCUCCUGCCUCCGUUGCACCUGCGCAGGCACCGGCUCCUCCCACGGAUGGCAACAGCGCACCCAUCAGCCUGGUAUUAAGGUUGAGAAACUCGAAGAAGGAACUGAACGAUAUUCGAUUUGAGUUUGUGACUGGCAGAGACACGGCUGAUGGGGUGUCUCAGGAGCUGGUGACGGCUGGCUUGGUGGAUGGGAGAGACUUAGUCAUAGUUGCUGCUAACCUGCAGAAAAUUGUCGACGAGCCUCAAACCAAUAAAAAUGUCACUUUCAAGCUGGCUUCUGGCGUGGAGGGUUCCGAGAUCCCCGAUGAUGUCAAGCUAAUGGGAUUUGCCCAGUUGAGCAUCAGCUAGACCUCCAGAACCGGACGAAGCGGGACCGUGACUUGCCUAAAAAAUGUGAAAAAAGACAAAAAAAAAAAAACAACAAACAAACAAACAAAACAAAAAAACAAACUAUAGAAGAAUGACAAAAAAAAUGAUGCAUUUUUGUGGAUGGCCCUAAAGAAACCACUGCUGCCAAAGAGAAAAAAAAAACAGAUCCGUUUCGUCACAGUCUGUGUCCCCCAUAGGACAUGACCAUGUCACUUCGACAACAUGGAGGAGGUGGUGGAAGACGAUGGCGUAUGUAAACCAGAACCCAUAACUCUCUCAUAGGAAUCUCACCAAAAAAGUUUACAGCAUAUGUCUAGAAGAAGGAUGCAAUUCUCAACACCAACCAGAUAUAGAGUCUAUGAUCUUGUCUUUUAUUUUCUCUCUCUCUCUCUCUCUCUCUCUCUCUCUCUCUCUCUCUCUCUCUCUCUCUCUCUUUUUUUUUCUCUCUCAUUUAUCCUUUCUUUUUCUUUCUGAAACGUGGUACAUUUUGCACAAUCUCAACUAAAUGCCCUCAAGUCCUGGUUUAAAGAAAAAAAAAGAAUUGUUAUAAUGCCUUAUUCUUCAACAGAACUACUGAAUGCAUGUAUAGGGGUGUCUCUUGUUUCACCCGGAUGAAUUGUGGCGCUUUCGAAUUUCUGAAUAUGAGCGAAUGUGGUUUCAAUUACUGAAAGUCAAACUUUUAAUGCCUCUUUUUUCUGUUCCAUGCCAGAGGUGAACCAACCAACCAUGCUAAAACAACGGAGCAUUUUUAUCACUUUGUCAGAUCUGCAAGACAUGACACAGCCGCAGUAUACAGUAAAGACAGAUAGUUCUCCUUAGCAGCCAAGACUUACACACCUCAUGCACGGCAGUUCAAAAUCGGUCAGUUAAAUCCACACACACAAGUCUUCUUAGUUUUGUUGGCUUGGCCUAUGGUUACCUGACGCAAACAUGGACACACACAAACACACACACACACACACACACACACACACACACACACACACACACACACACACACACACACAUACGCCAGCUGACCCCUUCGGUAACGUUCCAGCUGGGAUCUUGCCCAGAGGUAGCUGCCAUGGUAUCAGACAAGGCCCCAAUGUCAGCCGGGUCUGGGCCAGACUCCGAUGGGAUCUGGGGGGGGGAUCUGGCAGACUCCUUGUUAACCACUGCUGUAGUUCACUGCUAGACCACAGCCCCUAGCACAGUAAAGACAUGGGCCCUGUGUCCAGAGAGAUAUACUAGGAAGCUGGUUCAGGAGUGAACCAGGUUAAGUUAAGAGCUAAAUCACCGAAUAGAAGAGCCUGGAGUCCUCAUUUUCUUAAGAAAUUGAGAACUCAGAGCUCUUCUAUUAGAUGAUUUUCCGCCUAACGUAACCUGGUAUAGGCCUUAGUAUAGGCCCCUGGGCCCUGGGCUCUUCCAAACAGUCCGAGCUGCACUAGGUUAUCCAUCUGCUACGUUGGACUAGAUGCGUAGGUUACAGUUAGGUUAUGCUUUUCUGUUGAAUUUGUUUCCGUUUCAUCAUUUUAGAGUAGUACCCCUGUACUGGUUGUUAGCGAUUAUAUACCAUUGGUUUGUUUCUGAGAUUAAGUGACUUGAUGAGCUUGAUCGGGUUGGUAACGAACUGAUGAAUUCAUAUUAGGUUCAGUGAUUUACAAGAAAGAAAAAAACGUAACUCUGGUGAUUUUAUUUGUCUUCAAAUCAAUGAAGUAGCAUUCAGUGGUGAUGAUGCCUCACAGCAGAUUGAGAUAUCGCUUCCUGUCAAGUGUCAUAGCGUAGCCUAGCCUGCACGUAGCUUAGUUUAAAAAAAACGGACAUGCACAAAGAUUUUAAACACACACAUACACACAGACACACACACACACACACACACACACACACACACACACACACACACACACACACACACACACACACACACACACACACAUUCAGAUCUGUACUUUUUCCAGACAUGUUUUUUUUCUCACAGACAAAAUACAACACCGUUUCUGUAGUCUUAACUAUACUCACAGCUUUGUCCUCUGGAUUUUUCUUUUUGUUUUGUUUUAGCGCUCUUGCAAUGCCGUUAAUGGAUUGUCCUGUAGUUCUCGCAAUGAUCUAUUUAAAAAAGAAAAAAGAAAACAAAGCUAUGUAAAUCAAAAAAAAAGUUUUACAGCUAAGUAACUGAAGCCACAAGUGUUGUGUAUGAUGAAAAAAAACAAAAAAAAUGUGUGUUUGUAUGUUGGUGUCAGCUGUGUCUUCUCUGUUGAUUUUUUUUUCUUUCCUUUCCUUUCAAAUGUGUUCAGAAGAAGGAAGAAAAAAAGUUGUGCGUGCAUUUGCUCAAAUGGGUGAAGCAAUUUCUUGAUUUAACCUCUCUAGUAUGUACAUAAUGAGAACUUCUGUUUAGAUUUGUUUUUAUACUGGGUGUUUCACUCUUUGCCUUCGUGUCCUUUGGGGGUGGGGGAGUUUAAGAGGGUGGUGGUGACGUUUGUUUGAAGGAGAAAUUGCUUUAAAGGACACCAUGCAAGUUUGAGCUUUUUGUUUUUUUCUUGUUUUAUCUUUUGUUUCUUUUCCUUUUCAAUAUCUCUCUGCCUUUGAUAAAGAUUUGUGUCAUCUUAAGCAGGUCUGAUUGGUAAAGAUUACGAUUCGCGUUUUGGGAGGAGUGUGUCCACCUGUAUGCAGCCAAGAGCAGCAGAGGAGUCGGAUUGUUGAAUCUGCUGGAUUGAGAAAGGGCCUCUGUCUCUCCUUCUCUCUCUCUCUCUCUCUCUCUCUCUCUCUCUCUCUCUCCCUCUCUCUCUCCCUCUCUCUCCCUCUCUCUCUCUCCCCCUCCCUCUCUCUCUCGCUCUCUCUCUCUCCCUCCCUCUCUCUCUCGCUCUCUCUCUCUCUCUCUCUCUCUCUCUCUCUCUCUCUCGCUCUCUCUCUCUCUCCCCCUCCCUCUCUCUCUCUCCCUCUCGCUCUCCCUCUCUCUCCCUCUCGCUCUCUCUCUAUCUCUCUCUCCCUCUCUCUCUUUAAUUGAGCAACAGGUCUAUCUAUAUGUGUGUGGAGGGGUUAAGUGGUGAUACCCAUUAAUGUGCAGUACACUCUGUCUGUUCUCUCCACGUAAUGCUCUUGUAAAGGGGGUGGUUGGAGAGAAAAGGCUUUCCUAAUCAUGAGUUGAACAUAGAUUCCACACACACACACAAAGAGUUACGCACACGCACACGCACACACACACACACACACACACACACACACACACACACACACACACACACACACACACACACACACAGUCUUAUGGGUUUCUACUUAGUUCUGGCCAUGCCUCUGCAGACAGCUCAUUGGACUGUGCCCAUCAUUGGUGUUGUUUGGUUCUCUGCAGCUCUGUCUUGACCAUAAGUAAGACAUUGGGUGGUCCAUUUCUCAAUCCUCAGAAUGCCGAGGCCUAAUCUCUCUCCAGCCCCCACUUCUUGCCCAUGCUGUUCUUUUCGGCGUCUCCAAUGAUAAUUCUGUGAUGCCUACUUUGGCCUAUUUGAACAAUAUGAUUGAUUAUUUAUAGGUACAUUAAUCCUUGGUUUAAAAAACCCUCUUUGGCUUUGGGAUAUGGUUUCCUUGUCAGAGGAUGUUCUGUCCUCGACGGGCAGUUUUCCUUCAGAAAGAGCAGUUCAACAGAAGCGAACGUGCACAAGGUUUUUCUUUUCUUUUUCUUUUUUUUGCUUGUUUUUUCUCUCUUUUGGAAACCAGACCAAAUUCCAAAUCUCGGACAAUAUCAUGCAGCGUGUGUCAACAUGUCAGCAUUGAGUGCCAUUGAAUUUUUUUCUCUCUCUCUGUAUUGCCACAGGUGGACAAAGUGCAUUGAACCCUGCAUUCAACAAUUAUGUUUUUAAUGUUUGUUUUGCUGUAUCUUCACAUAUCUUGUCAGCUUGUCACUUAUGCUGAAUUAUAUCUUAAGUGCAUAAAAACAGUACUAUCUGUACUGUAGAAACUGGGAACAGAGGCCCUUCACAUAUUGAUUUGUUGUAGGCAAUAACUCAGAACUGUAAAAUAUUUAAAUUUCAUAUAUUUUUAUUUUCACUUUGACUCAUUCUUAAAUCUGCUCCUUUUUUGUUGGUUUUGGACUUCCAAGCAUGUUUCUGAUUAUUUUUAAUCAAUAAAGAAUGAACAUAUCAGCUGUUCUCUGCAGAACCUUC